CCACCUUUCCAUCUCCCAUCUAACCCCCCACAUCCACACCCUCAAAAGCAAUCACAAUGGCCGAAACCGUCGCCGAGGUAACAGCAGCCGUCAACGCCGCGCUGGCCAAACUCUCCCCGACCGACGAGAUCCCCGACGCCGCGCGCUUCGGCCUCAUCGAUGCAUUGGAGAAGCUCAAGGGCGCGGUCGAGCCCCCGAUCGCGACGGUGCUGAACAUUUGCUGGGCGGCCCACCCCCUGAUCGCCCUCCGCAUCGCCAUCGGCAUGGGCAUCUUCGAUGCCUUCGCCGCCGCCGGCCCGAGCGCCGAGUUGACGGCCGACGAGCUGAACGAGAAGACCAAGGGGGAUAAGGAUAUGCUUGUCCGCAUCAUGCGCCUGCUGAGCGCCAACCGGCUGUUCACGGAGACGGCGGCGGAGAAGUACCAGGCGCAGCCGUUUGCGCUGGCGUUCGCGACGGGGGCGCCGCCUAGUGAGGUGAUUAAGAAUUUCCACAUGAUCCUACGGGCGACAGCAUACACGCACGAGUUCCUGGCGGCCCGGGACUACACGAGCCCCGAGGACGCGUACGAGACGCCGUUCCAGCUCGCGUACAAUACCCCGCUGCACCACUUCGAGUGGCUGGGCACGAACGCGGAGGAGCAGCAUGCCUUCAACACGGUGAUGGAGACGAGCAACCGCGCCGUCGAGGGGGAGCAGUGGUACGACUUCUACCCGUGGGCGGAGCGGCUUUCGGCGUCUUCGGACGCAGACCGCGUGCUGCUGGUGGACAUCGGCGGCGGCAAGGGCCACGACCUGCAGCGGUUCCAGACCGCCCAGAGCCCGGGGCGGAAGCUGGUGCUGCAGGAUCUGCCCAGCGUGAUUGCCGAUAUCUCGGGGCCGUUGGGCGGUGCGAUCGAGGCGGUUGGGUAUAGCAUGUUCGACGCGCAGCCCGUCCGCGGCGCCAAGGCGUACUACAUGCGCACCGUGCUGCAUGACUGGCCUGACAAGCAGGCCCUGCAGGCCCUGGCCCGUGUGCGGGAGGCAAUGGCCCCGGAUUCCGUGCUGUUGAUCAACGAGAACACUAUCCCCGAGACGGGCGUGCCUCGGUUCAAUGCUAGUGUUGAUCUGAUCAUGUUGUCUAUGUUCUCGUCGCUGGAGCGCACGGAUAAGCAGUGGCUGAGUCUGUUGGAGCGCGCCGGGUUCAAGGUCGUCAAGGUGUGGCGGGCUGAGAACCAGGGGACUGGGUCGAAUGCGCUGUUUGAGGCAGUGCCGGUUUGAAUUGUAUAGCUAGGGUUCUAGAGCAGGGGU